AUGGCGACUCAAGAUAACUCAGGGCCUGAAAAUAGGGCGCUCAAGAAGCAGAUUCUGCUGAAUGCCUUUGACAUGUCAACAGUAGGCCAUCUCUCGGUCGGUCAUUGGAAAAAUCCGACUGAUAGAUCGGCAACAAAGCGCAAACUGGCAUACUGGGUCGAAUUAGCUAAACUUCUCGAAAGAGGCGGAAUCAGUGGGCUGUUCCUUGCGGAUACGAAUGGAGGAUUCGAUAUCUAUGGCGGAAGCGUGGAAGAGAGCAUCAGAAGGGCCGUUCAGUGGCCGGUGACUGAUCCUGCUAUUCCAAUUACGGCCAUGGCGGCGGUGACAAAGAAUCUGACAUUCGGCAUCACAGUGUCUACGUCUUUUGAGUCCCCUUUCGUUCUAGCGAAGCGAUUCUCAACCCUAGAUCAUAUGACGGAUGGGCGCAUCGGUUGGAAUAUUGUCACAUCGUGGAAAAAAUCGGCCUUCAACGCCAUUGGCAUGGAACCGAUUGAGCAUAAUCAACGACUGUGGGAAGGCUCAUGGGCCGAUGAUGCGCUACAACCUGACCCUGCUGCCGACACUUACAUUGACCCUUCCAAGGUCCGGCAUAUCAAUCACAAUGGAAAGUAUUACAAAUUGUCCMCCCGCCACAUAGUAGAUCCUUCCCCUCAGCGAACCCCUUUUCUAUUCCAGGCAGGCGCGUCUGCGGAGGGGAUCGAUUUUGCAGCCACCCACGCAGAAGGCAUUUUCGUCUCGUCGCCUUCACCCGAGCUACUGCGAGCACAAAUUGAGAAAAACCGGAAGGCUGCCGCCGAAAAGGGGCGCGACCCACGCUCCUUGAAGUUCUACCUCUCCUUUACCCCCAUCUUGGGUAAGACGGACGAGGAAGCCCAUGAAAAGUUUCGGCAGCUCAAGAAAAAUGCGAGUCCCAUUGGCGGCUUGGUCCUUUUUAGCGGAUGGACUCGCAUUGAUACGGCUAAACUUCCGCUCGAUGAGGAUAUCAGGAAGUUGGAUUCUGACGAAGCCAGGAAGCUAUGCAACAUUUUCAAGCCUACAGACGAAACCCCCGUCUGGACGGCUCGUCUUAUCGGCGAAAAAGCUGCCAUGAGUGCCAUCUCACCCUCCGCUGUUGGAUCCCCAGCAACGGUAGCAGAUGUAAUGGAGAAUUGGAUUGAGAUUGCGGAUCUGGACGGUUUUAAUCUUGGAUAUGUCACGUCUCCCGGUUCAUUUGAAGAUGUCGUAGAAUUGCUAGUGCCAGAGCUUCGACGACGCGGGAUCUAUCCUGACGUUGUUGAGUCAGGAUUGACAGCGCGGGAGCGUGUCUAUGGAAAGGGCCAAACUCGUUUAAGGGAUGACCAUGUCGGGAGCAAGUACAAGUAUGAGACAUAUCAAGAGGAGGAUCUGGAUGUUGUAGAUAGUCAGAGAUGA